AUGAAGCCAAAUUGUUUUACCUGUGGUAGUACUGGCCAUCUGGCCAAACAUUGCACAAAAAAGUCUAACUAUACGACACCGGCCAAGAGGGUGAUGAAUUGUCAGAUUACCCCCGGAAUGCACAGCAAACAGCUCGGGUUGACUGAGGCCAUGCGAGUAGAGAAAUAUUUUGAGAGGCCAUAUGUCAAGGUAAAAAUUCAACCCGGUCCAGUGUGCGAGGCUUUGGUGGACAGCGGUGCUGAGGUAUGUGGGAUUUCACAGAAGUUAUGCCAGGAGUUGAAUCUACCCAGUUUGGGAACUGAAAGGAUCAAGGGAUGGAAUGGACAGGUGGCUGAGGUGGAUGCCACAUGGGUAACGUUGACUCAGGGGGACAAGGCAGCUACCCCUGGCGUCCGGGUGUGGUGUGCCGUGGUGCCAAAUGCUAGUGAACCACUAAUUAUUAAUCCAGGAGUGGUAGAACAGUUAAAGUUGGUAACGCCUUAUGUAGUACCUGCUGCAGGGGUGCUGUCUGCCAGUGGUUCAUUGGUCAAUUUAGGGACCUUUUACAAUGUGGACGCCCCCCAUGGGCAGUGUCACGAGAGAUACAAUAAAAUUCAGAACCGUGACGUUGAUGACGAGAAAGAUGAUGAAGCUUGUGAAUUUAAUAAUUGUAAAUUAGAUGGCAGUGUAAUAAUAAAUAAAAUUCAGAACCGUGACGUUGAUGACGAGAAAGAUGAUGAAGCUUGUGAAUUUAAUAAUUGUAAAUUAGAUGGCAGUGUAAUAAUAAAUAAAAUUCAGAACCGUGACGUUGAUGACGAGAAAGAUGAUGAAGUUUGUGAAUUUAAUAAUUGUAAAUUAGAUGGCAGUGUAAUAAUAAAUAAAAUUCAGAACCGUGACGUUGAUGACGAGAAAGAUGAUGAAGUUUGUGAAUUUAAUAAUUGUAAAUUAGAUGGCAGUGUAAUAAUAAAUAAAAUUCAGAACCAUGACGUUGAUGACGAGAAAGAUGAUGAAGUUUGUGAAUUUAAUAAUUGUAAAUUAGAUGGCAGUGUAAUUACAGAUAAAAUUCAGAACCGUGACGUUGAUGACGAGAAAGAUGAUGAAGUUUGUGAAUUUAAUAAUUGUAAAAUAGAUGACAGUGUAGUUGUGGAUGGAGUUCCUAAUCGAGAUGUUGAUGAGGAGAAAGACGAUGAAG